AUGACGGGACGCGAUGAAGUCUCCACAUGGGGAGCACACCCUCCCUCGAUUUCCGGCCCAAGUGCGGAGCUUGAGAAGCUCCUGGCGGCUGCCACUGACUCAAUUCACGGUACAUACAACGCUGAGACGAUGGUGGACGAACUGUUAGCGAGCACGUGGGAGCCAACAGACCCGACUUUCGACACGAAGAGCAGUCUCACCUCGUUCAGCCAGCACACGUCAUCUCUCAACGCUCUCCAAAGCGUAUUGGCUGCGUCGAUUGAGCGUCUCGUCCAGCACCGCAAAGUGGUGUCUAACCGUAUUGCAGAACUGGAACAGGACAGUCGACGAGUGAGCAGCAAGCUCCAUGAGGGACUGCUCAAGCUGCUGCUUAAUAUGGAAGACUUGGAGGAGAGAUUUACUAAAGUGAGUUCUUUGGACGUGACGAUUGGAGAUAAAUUGUCGACGUUGGAUACGGAGCGGUCCCGAGUAUUGGAGACGGACGAGUUGAUGGAGGCGCUCUUGGCUCUGCACGACCCCAGUAGCAAGUUGACCAAGUCAACUGCUGGGGAGCCUGCUACGUCGUCACUGGAUCCGAUUGAGGAUCUGGACGCGCUCUUCUCCAAGAUCCUGACCAUCUGCACGGACCAAUUUCCAGUGAUCGACAGCGUCUUCCCUGCUGUAGCCUGCGCCUCCAUCCGCGAGCUGCUAGUGGAGCACUUUGAAAAUGCAUCCUCUUCCACGUCGUCUUCACCGAACCGAGACUACGUGCGACUGUUGUGUUCAUCGUACGAGAGAGCGUGUGUCUUGGUGGCUGAGAUCGAAGAUAUCGAUCAGUCAAAAGCAAUCAAGCGAGACGCUGUAUCAAACCAAGACUCGAGUACCGUCGACGAUCACUUGACUGAACCUCCUGCUGCCAACGAGAUCGAGAGAAUCCACACGUUUCUCAAUCUCCAGCUCCAUUCUCUGUUUGGCAACCAUCGAAACACGUAUCUGCAGGCAGAGCUGGACUUGUUGCAAGACCAAUUCAAGGACAUCAUAGCCUCAGUAUCGUUUCCCCAGCCGCCCGUACUUUCCCGAAGCAAAGGAGGCGUAUCCAAAACCAAAACUGUGGCUACAACAACUGUCACGAUUACAUCCUCGUCGUCUCCAUCGGCGUCCUCCAUUCAGUUGGUGUCUUCAGCCUCCACGACGUCGAUAUCGUCGUCCAAUCUCGAGAAAGAUAUAUCCCAAUUGGAGUCGUCGCUUGUAUUCUUCGAGACUCUCCAAGCGCUGGCGGAAGACGAAGAUGUAGCCAUCAAGUAUGGGGAAGUGCUGAACGAGACAAUUGAUCGCUGCGACAUUGUCUUGAAAAGCUCCGAGCUACGUGGAGAGCUCAUCACCAAGGCGUUCACGUCUUUCGUGGCCUCAUUUGGAUAUGAGUAUUUGGGGAAACUCGUGACUUUGACCAAGGAGAUUUUACAAGAACAGCGGCUAACUACAGAUUCCCCAAUGCAGUUUUUCAUCCUCACAGAGGCUUUACUCAAGCGAACCGGCUUCCUCGACGACCAAUUCGAAGCUUUCAUUGCGCCGUUGCAGGAGGAUUUGCCAACCGAGCUCACAAUCUGCCAAGAGAGCAAGCAGAAAUGUCUCAACAAGCUCGAAAGCGCUAUCGGAUCCGGACUCCAGCAAGUGUUGACUGUGCUGGAGAAGGCAAUUGGCCAGAUCCUGACCGCCCACCAGAACAAAGGAUACUUCCUCGGCAGUCAAGCCAGCAUGUCGCUCUCGUCCUCCAAGGCCUGUCAGAAGUGCACUGAGUCAAAGAGAACUGCGAUCAUUUCCUUGUAG